UCAAUGAUAUUUCACUAUUUGCCAUUCCACAAUAAUACAAAAGAUUGUUUGCAUACAGGCAAAGUAUGGCUGUGUCCCGAUCAGUUAAAGUGGACUUGGGAGAACCUGAGGAAGAAAGGGAACUAAGCCUGAUGCAAAAAUGGAGAAAACAUGUUGAGGAAAAGAGAAAAUCAGGCCAUGAUACAAAAGUGGGAAGAGCUUUAGUUACAGCUGUCCUGGCCUUUCAGGUCCCUUCACAGUUGUAUAUAUUUAUGUAUUAUAUAAUUCCCUAUUUAUUUAUAAACUAUGAUCCCUGGCUCCAAUACUACCUGAAAGUUUUCAUUGUUGUAACCUCUUUAGAAUUUUUGGCAAACUUCCUUUGUGUUCAACUGUAUGACACAAAAUACAGAAUAUCAAAGGACAACCCACAGCCAAGAGAAAUCCAUGAUCGCUGGAACAACCCACCCGAAAAAUUUGUUCCUCUUCAGGUCUACAAUAAUGGAGUAUCUAAUGGUCAUCUGAGAGACAAUCAUGGGGGUCUGCCCUGGACAUACUGUGAUAUCUGUAAGAUAGAUAUCCCACCCCGAGCUCAUCACUGUAACUUCUGCAAGGCUUGCAUUCUGAAGCGCGACCACCACUGCUUUAUGGUGGGUACCUGUAUCGGCUUCAAAAAUCAGAGAUACUUUGUUGUAAUGGCAUUCUACACCUUUGUAAAUGGACUUGGUGGUGGAUUCUUUACCUUUCGCUACCUUAGUGAUAUCUACUGGGAAAGUGCCCCAUGGACUGACUUUGUCUUGCCCAUCACUGUCUACAGAACUAUGUUUGACAACAUUCCUCUACACAUUGGCAUCAUGAUCUACCAUUGCUACACCGAGUUCCUGUUUGGUUCUGUAGGAUUAUUCUAUUUUUUGUCACAGCUGUUAAUCAUUGGUCAAGGAAAAACUCUGUAUGAAUUAACAAACGAAGUUCCAGUCAAGAGCCUUAACUCUGUUAAUUCAAAUUUUGUCUCUGUUUUUCGCAAUAUGGCGGUAUCCAGGAGUGUAGCAGUGGACGUCCAGACGCCCGCCGAGGAAGAAGAACCAAAAACAUUAAUGGACAAAUUUCGGAAACAUAUUGAAGAGAAGAAAAAGAAAGGACACCAGGGCAAAUAUGGUAUGUACUAUUGCUGGGCACUGUGGGUAUUCCAAACCCCCACCCAGUUGUACAUGGCUUAUUAUUACGUCAUACCGUACCUCAUGCACGACUUCACGGACUGGACGCAGUAUUACGUUAAGGUGAUUUAUACCAUUUGUGCCAUACAGACACUCGGCAAUCUUGUGUGUACUACACUGUACAGUACUAAAUACGUGAAAACCCGAGACAAACCGGACGUUCAGGGGAUCAGAGAACGUUGGGAAAAUCCUCCCGAUCAGUUCCUGCCACUGAAUGGUACCCCGAACGGGCACCUGCCGGAUGAUGGUGGUCUUCCUUGGACGUACUGUGACAUUUGCGAUAUGAUGAUUCCACCCAGGGCACAUCAUUGUAAGAAUUGUCGGGCUUGUAUUCUGAAAAGAGACCAUCACUGUUUUGUUGUAGGGACAUGUAUAGGACAUUAUAACCAGCGUUAUUUCGUGGUAUUGACGUUUUAUGCGACUAUUGUUGGAUGGGCAGGUAUUAUAUCUACCUUUGCCUACCUCCGCCUGUUCUACUGGUCAGAUUCUGUGUGGACGGAUUUCGUAUUUCCGGUCACUAUAUACAGAGGAGUGUUUGGAACGAUUCAGCCCCACAUCACCAUAAUGAUCGUCCAUAUGUACACUGCUUCAUUCAUUGGAAUCAUGGGAUUUUUCUAUUUCUCUUCACAAAUAACCAUAGUCUCUAAAGGCAUUACUUUGUAUGAGCUGGCAAAACAGGUUCCAAUAAGAAAUACGAACUCCACGAAUGCAAACUUUGUGACAGUAUUUGGAAACUUUUGGUUCCUAAACUUUAUAUUUCCUAUGACAAUUUUGUUUCCCGUGAAAGAAGAUGGUACAUACUGGAAAGGGGUAAAGUUGGACCAUAACGGUAAUUAUAAAGACUCAUAGUGGAUCCACAUCAUUCAGGAAAGGGGUAAAGUAAGACAU